AUGCAUUCGAGUCGACUAUUAAAAAAACGCCGUGUACAGGGAUUGGAGACACUCCAGGACCUUGUCCCAUCACUUCCUGCAGCCCCAUUGACAUCCCCACUAUUUACCGUCUUUCCCGCUGAGAUCCGCAAUCGCAUUUAUACGCUUGCCCUUGAAUCUGAGGAUAUUCUCACAGAUGAUGGUUCUCGCUCCCUCUAUGAGCAAAAUGCUUUCUACUACCGGCCCGGGUACAAGCAACCCAAGCGCAUCCAGACUGCGCUCCUCCAGACAUGCCAGCAAAUCUACGUUGAGGCGUCCCUCCUCCCACCAGCAGUAAACGAGCAUACUUUCUGGUUCUAUCGAUCUCCGCCACAUGUAAAUGAUGCCUCGUCUCCGCUGGAUUAUUUUCGCAAAAUGACCCCCAAACAGCGGGCUCAGGUACAACAUCUACACCUGUUUACCCAGCAGUAUUUCUUAGAGGACAAUCAUUGGUCCCGGAUAUGGGAAGGGCUCAAAAUAGGCGACGACGGGCGCAGUUUGCGAGGGGAAUGCAGAAUCGCGCCCAAGAAGAUGACUAUCACGUUUCGUCACACGGACUGGUGGUACUGGGAGGACAAUGACCCCCUAGGCAUCGAUCCAUUCCGACCCGGGAGAACCCGCGUAGCUGAUAUGGGAAAGGCUGUUUGCCCGCACGCCGCAGCUCGAUCAUGGGGAAAUCAAUUUAGCUCCAUCCCCUGUCUUGAGGAGCUUGUGAUCGAGUUUGAGACGGUCAUGCGGAAAAGGGACCAGCUAGAUGCCAUCAUACAACAAGCUCUCCGGUGGAAGUUUCCCAUGGAGGCUGACAAGGACUUGUAUCUGGUCGCUGAUCCUCCCUCAAGGAGUGCAUAUACUUGGGCUGGGGCGAAAGAGGCGGAGUUGAAAAGACAGAGACCGGCAUGGCCGGUCUAUACUGAACCUGGGUCAGAAUCUCAAUCUGCCCAGGAGCCGGUUCCUGUGGCUCCGGCUUUGGUGCCAUUUGAUCCUCGAUCCGACUUGGACACCAGUAGCGAUGUUAGUCCUGGGGGUCACUCACAAUCUGAUGCAAAUACUGAGAAGUUCUAUGUGGUCUUCUUGACUUGGAGGAAGCAGCGAGUUCAGGAGUAG